AUGGCCAGCUCAACAACGAACGUGGUCUCUGAAGUUUGGAAACGUGGAAUCUUCGAAAACAGGGUGGUAUUUUGCACGGGAGGAAAUGGAUCUAUCUGCUCGGUGCAGGUCCAGGCACUGGUCUAUCUCAAAGCCGAUGCAUGUGUCGUGGGUCGCAAUGUUAAGAAGACGGAACUUGUGGCCCAGCGCAUUGCCUCGUGCCGCCCAGGUUGCAAGGUUCUUGGUAUUGGUGGUGUCGAUGUUCGCAAAGUCGAGAGCCUCAAGAAUGCGGUUGAGCGUUGCGUCAAAGAACUGGGAAGUCUGGAUUUUCUAAUAGCUGGUGCUGCUGGAAAUUUCCUGUCACCUCUACACAAAUUAUCCCCGAACGCCUUCAAGUCGGUGAUCGAUAUUGAUGUCCUCGGUUCAUACAAUAUCACGAAACUCGCGCUGCCUCAUCUAGUCAGCUCGGUCCAACAGAACAACUCCUACUCGUCCACCCCUGCCGGCCGAAUUAUCUAUGUGUCUGCGACCCUCCACUACACAGGCAUCCCGUUGCAAGCACACGCCUCGGUGGCCAAAGCCGGAAUCGACGCACUCUCAUCUAGUGUCGCGAUCGAAUGUUACCCUAACCAUGUUAGGAAGGUUAGCCGGUUAUUUUCACGCCGGCACUUAAAACUGCCGCGCAAGUCUCUCCAUUAG